AUGGAAUUAAAAGAUAUACAAUCAGUUGUUGUAUGGAGAUUGAUCUUUCAACAUUUAUUUAAUCGUUCACCAAAAUCAUUGGCUCAUUUCUCAAGUACAAACAAGACAAUAAGAGAAAAGAUUAAUGCAACUUAUAAUUGGAAGGAAUUAGCGUUAAAGAAUGUACCUCAAUCAAAUAACAUUGCCAAGAUUCUAGGUAUAAAUGUUGAUGAAGAACCAGAGCAUUCUCUAAAAUGGGCAUCAAUGUAUCAAUAUUAUAGAUUCAUCUAUGAUGCAACUAAAUUUGGUCAUAUUGCUCAUAUGAAUACACAGUACCUUGAAUCGGUUGCCAAUGAAGAUAUAGCAUAUUUUUUACCAUUCCCAGAGGUAAUUCGUUUAAAUUAUGUUUGGUGGUACGAUGUAGGAGAAUUGAUUAAAGAUAUCCCUGUAAAUAAUUAUAAAGUCUAUUGGAUGUUAAAUUGUAACUUUACAGAUACAUAUCAAUUUGAAGUGGAUAUUCAAGGAGAAGAGUCCGAAGGACCACUCAUAGUUGACAGAAAAGUUGAACCAACAACUGUUUAUGUUAGAGAAUGGAGUUAUACUAGAGGUCCUGAUGCUCGACCCAAUCCCAAUCAACAUCAACUUGGUUCUACAUUUUCAAUGUUUUGUAAAAUGCAUCAAAGAGACUCUAGUUACACCAAACGAGGAUUGUUCAUUGCCUAUAUAUUGUUGGUGCCUGAUGAUGAUCUACUAAAUAUGCCAAAAAGGUUAUUCGUCCCCACUCAACCCAAACCAACUAAACGUGCUACUGACGAAGACCGUUAUCGUAAGUUGGCCAACGGUGAAGACUUUGAUGAUGACGAUUAUAACAGUGAAGACAAUAAUGAUGACGAUGAUGAUGAUGAAGAUUAUCAAGAUGACAGUGAAGAUUGUGAAGAUGACAGUGACAAUUAUGAUAGUUGGGAAGAAGAUGAUGAAGAAUAUAGUGAUUAA